CGGACUGUGUAAGCGCAGAAUGUUAUAUGCGCAUGCGCGGGAAGUAACCCGGAAGUUUCCGUGUUUUGGCGUCUCGUUUUUGCGCUUCAGUUUCGUUUGUGUGCAUGUGAAUGCUGAGACAGUGAAUGUGAUUUGGCUGGUUCAUCGUAGACAGAUUCCUAACAAAAUGGGCAAGGAGAGUGGAAAAGGUUUUCCUAAAAAGACUGAUCUCAAAGAGAGACCAUACCACUGCGAGGAAUGUGGGAAAGAUUUCAAUCAGCUGAUUACUCCUGAAACACACCAUUGCGUUCACACGGGAGAGAAGCUGUAUUACUGCUCGCAGUGCGGGAAGAGUUUUACGAAGCAGAACGAUCUCCUGCGACACCAGCUCAUUCACACAGGAGAGAAGCCGUUUUACUGCUCGCUGUGUGGGAAAAGUUUCCGUACGCAAAGCAACCUCAAGGAGCACCAGCGCAUUCACACGGGAGAGAAACCGUAUCAGUGCUCGGAGUGCGGAAAGACAUUUAAGCAACACGGUCACCUCCGGCAUCAUCAGCUCGUCCACGCCGGAGCGACGCCAUACAAAUGCUCGGAGUGCGGAAAAGGUUUCAGGACCUCGUACAACCUCCGGACGCACCAACGCUUCCAUACGGGAGAGAAGCCGUAUUUCUGUUCUCAGUGCGGGAAGAGUUUUGUGCAGCAGACCGAUCUGCAGCGCCACCAGAACAUUCACACGGGGCAGAAGCUCUAUUACUGCUCGUGCUGCGGGAAGAGUUUCGCUCGACGCUGUGGUUUCCAGCGCCACCUGCUCAUCCACGUGGGCGAGAAGCCGUUCCCGUGCUCGCAGUGCGAAAAGAGUUUCCGGACGAAAAGCAGUCUCCGGGAUCACCAGUUCGUUCACACGGGAGAGAAGCCGUACGAGUGCUCAGAAUGCGGGAAGACUUUUACGCAACGCUGCCGUCUUCGGUAUCAUCAGCUCGUCCACGCGGGAACAACGCCCCAUAAAUGUGAACAGUGCGGAAAGGGGUUCACGACUGGACACCACCUCAGGAGACAUCAGCUCAUUCAUACAGGAGAGAAGCCGUAUGACUGCUUGCAGUGCGGGAAGAGUUUUGCGCAGCAAAACGUUCUCCAGCGCCACCAGCUUGUUCACACGGGAGAGAAGCCACACCGUUGCACGUGGUGUGAAAAAGGUUUCAUCAGCGCAAACGAACUACGGAGACACCAGCUCGUCCACACUGGAGAGAAGCCCUAUUACUGCCUGCAAUGCGGCAGGAGUUUCACAAAGCAGAACGACCUCCUUCGUCACCAGCUCAUUCACGCCGGCAAGAAACCGUAUUACUGCGCGCAGUGUGGCAAAAGUUUUCGGACGCAAAGCAAUCUCAAGGAGCACCAACGCAUUCACACGGGAGAAAAGCCGCACCAGUGCUCGCAGUGCGACAAGAGUUUUCGACAACACGGCCACCUCCGGGAUCACCAGCUCAUCCAUGCCGGACUGACGCCCUACAAAUGCUUACAGUGUGAAAAGGGUUUUACGACCGCAUUUAAUCUCCGAAGGCAUCUUCACGUUCACACGGGAGAGAAACCAUACCAAUGCCUGCAGUGCGGGAAGAGCUUCAGUUGGUCUAGUCAUCUCCAGCAACACCAGCGCGUUCAUACCGGGGAGAGACCAUACCGAUGCAUCGAAUGUGGCAAAGAUUUCACUCAGCUGAUCACUCUGGAAACACACCGGCGCAUUCACACGGGAGAGAAGCCGUAUCUUUGUUCGUACUGCGGAACGAGUUUUAAUCAGCGCUGUGUUUACCAGCGGCACCAGCUCAUUCACACGGGCGAGAAACCGUUUUACUGCUCGCUGUGCGGAAAGAAUUUUAGUCAGCGCUGUGUUUACCAGCGGCACCAGCUCAUUCACACGGGCGAGAAACCGUUUUACUGCUCGCUGUGCGGAAAGAAUUUUAGGACGCAAAGCAAUCUCAAAGCGCACCAGCGCAUUCACACGGGAGAGAAGCCGCAUCAGUGCUCGGAGUGCGGGAAGACUUUUACACGGCAGAGUCUUCUCCGGUAUCAUCAACUCGUCCAUGCUGGAGAGAUGCCGUAUAAAUGCUCGGAGUGCGGAAAGGGGUUCAUGACCGGACAUAACCUCAGAAGACACAGCCUCGUUCAUACGGGAGAAAAGCCGUAUUACUGCUCGCGAUGCGGGAAGAGUUUUACGCAGCUCAACGAUCUCCAGCGCCACCAGAACGUUCACACUGGACAGAAGCUCUAUUACUGCUCUCAGUGUGGGAGAAACUUCUUCCGGGAAAGUCACCUCCGGCAGCACGAGCGCAUCCAUACCGGAGAGAAGCUGUAUCAGUGCUCCGAGUGCGGGAAGUGUUUUACGCAGCAGAGUUCUCUCCACCAACACGAUCGCAUCCACACAGGAGAGAAGCCGCACCGGUGCUUGCAGUGUGGCAAAGGUUUCAUCAGCAGCCAUAACCUCAGGAGGCACCAACGCGUUCACACGGGAGAGAAGCCGUAUCGCUGCUCGCAGUGCGGCAAGAGUUUCUCGCAGCAGACCGAUCUCCAGCGCCAUCAUAAUGUUCACACGGGAGAGAAACCAUAUCAGUGCUCGCACUGCACAAAGAGUUUUAGGGACAAACGGCAGCUUAAAAAGCAUGUCUGCGUUCAGGUGGAAAACAAGCCCUUUUCUGAUGACGGUCUGGCAAAUGCCUCAGUUCAUCAAAUGCCUUCGAAAGACACAACGGUUGAAUGUGCUCACUGAUAAUGAUAUAGUGGUAGGUUUAAAAGGUAUCCCCAAACCGGGUAUCGCCAAGCUGCCACUCUCGGGUCCCUUGAGCGAGUCCCUUAACCCUCAGUGCUCCAGGAACACUGUAACAUGGAGAACUCUGCACUUUGACUCCAGCUUCCAAACAUCGCUGGGAUAUGCAAUGAAAGAAUUUCACCAUAAUGUAAAUUAAGGCUGUGUUAUUAUUGUAUUAUGUUAUAUUAUGGGGUGUAACAGUACCAAAAAAGAAUUAUGGUUUGGUCUGUAUCUAAGUUUGUAAGUCAUGGUCCGAUAAAAUUUCAGUACGGUUAGGGGGAAAAAAUGCAAAACGAAAAAAUUGCUUGUUUUUUUUAUUUAUUUAUUAACACUAUUAUUAUAAAUAUUUGUGAACAUCAAUGAUAAGUUUUUCGAAAGCAAUUUGAAAUAAAAUGGCAAUGGCAGCAA